UGGGGCGCUAGGGUGGAGAAGCUCUAUGAUAGAAUUCACCGUACAUUUGGUUAAUUCAAGUAAGAAAAUUACUGAGGACAAGCAUGCGCUUGCACAACUGACUGUGUCCAAUGCGCAAGCAUUAGGCCUAUAUGUGUGCAGGCAUGGCAUCACCAUGUUUUCCCAGAGACAGAGAGUAUACUGAAGAGUGUUGAAGCAAAAUUUCAUGGAUAAAAUGCAAAAGCACUUUAUUCAUAAAACUUAGUGUUAUUUGAUGCUUGUGUUUUCCUUUUACUGUAUAUCAAGGCUAAUACUGAAAACGUUUUAAAAAAUUCUGCAAAAAAUACAACAAAUACACAUGCACAUAAUAUGGGGUUAUUUUAAUAUGAAGUGGGUGCAUCUGAACAUUUCCCACCUCUAUGCAGUAGGCUACAUAGUACUAAUAAUAAUAACUUUGUGUAACAACAAAGUUUCAGUCAUGAGAUUUUUUCCCCUUUAAUCUGUUUCAGUCAUGAGAUUUUUUCCCCCUUUAAUCCUUGGGAGUUGUAGCUAGAAAUGUUGAUGCACAUUCAUGAUUAGGUGUGUGGAUUAGCAGGGUGGUGGAUGUGUGUCUGUCUGUGUGCAGGGCCAAUAGAUGUAAUGAUUUUCAAGAUGUUUUCACAACGUUGCUACCUUUCAGAUAAUUGCCUACUGCAAACAUCAUAAUACUCCUUCAACUUUUAAGCUACCUUUAACUUGCCAUUCCAACAUUAUUUGUAUUUUUCUGUCAUUUCUAUACACCAGUUAAUGGCUGAGAUAUUCAACACUCAAUUUGGUGCUUUUUUCUUUUUUCUGAUGUUUGGAAGUGAUCUAGGCAUCAUUUGGUGACCUAGUGCCACUACUCGAAAGUCUACAAAAUCACAUUGGGUUGUAAUGGUCAUUGGAUUGCACUGGUAAAGUUUUAAGAUGCUACAGCUCUAUUUACUUUUUCAUCUGGUAACGACUAAACAGCUGCUGAAACAACCACACUAAAGUUUAUUAAUACAUUUUACAUUCUGGUUUGUCAUGUUCAUGUACUUGCAAUUCUGCUUCCUGCUUUUGCUUUUAAAAUUUUGUUAACAAUCCAUAAAGAUCUCACUAGCACUGCCUCAAGUGUCAUUUGAAACUUUGAAAGAUUAGGCCAGUGGAAUGUUCAGUUGAAUUUCUCAUUUCUGUGUUUGAUGGCCAGAAUGACCUUUAAACUUGAUUCCUUUUUGUUUUUGUUUUUUGUUUUGUCAAUGUCCAAUGUCCACAAAUUGACCUUUUGUAAAAUGAGAAUUAGGCUUGCUCAGUAAAGGAAGCUCAAAGCUUAUGAACUUCAGAGCCCUGACUGGACACAUGACCUGCAUUAACUUUUUCCCCCAAAUUAUUUUGAAAGGAUUCAGUGGAUGGACUCUGUCUAUAGGCAGAUUGCCUCAACUCUGCUGAAAAGCAUUCACUGUCUUUCCUGCAAAGUCAUGAUCAGGAAUGUAUUAAAGCCGCUUUGACUUAUACAAGAAAUGAUUUAGGCUGACUAUUUUUUAAAUACUUUGAUAAGAAAUCCCAAAGACUCCUGAGUGCAGACUAGACCAUAUGGAUACACAUUUAAGCCUUAACCUCAGCUUUGGUACCCACCGAGUAUGACUGGGAGGAGUGGAGCUCUAUUGUCCUUCUCCCACCAGGAAAGGGUGGGUAAUUUGCUGUACAUAAGUUACUUCCAACAACACAUAGGCACCCACAUGUUGUCUCUGUCAUCAGAGAAAGAUAUGCCUCUCUUCCAAUUUGCAUUAUAGCCUAUUUCCUGUAGUUCUGUGUGGGCAGAACUUCUGUGUGUGUGAAAUAAAUUAGGUGGUGACUCGCAGGCAAGUGUUUCAGAUCGUCCCACUUUCUUCAGCUACAUGUUCCUUGUUACAUUGGUCAGAAUGUAGAGAGCCUUUUUUAAUACAAGGUUAGUGGUUAGCAAGUUAGAUGUGUGGUGACGUGUCAUCUGAUUUUAACCAAUUGGCCAGUUUCAUUCAGUUAGUGCUUUUGGAAUCUAAAUGAACAAAUUAGUUUGCUUGUUAUCUAGCCUUUCUAUUGAGACAAUGCUAACUAACAGAUUUGCCUAGCUUAGGAUACUAAUUGAGGGGUGCAAGUUAUAGCCUAUUAGGCCUAUGGCUAAUUUAGCUAGGUGCACAACUAGGCUAUUUGUUGUUUCAAGGGCUAGCAGAAUUCCCAUUCCACUGUCACAAACAGCUUAAAAAGCUAACUUGCCACAUAUUUAAAUGUAAGCUAGUGUCAGUUAUUGCUAAGACAUCUGUGAGCCAGCUAAUUAUUGCAGAAAUUUUGCCGACUUGUCAUUUAGCCUGGAGAAGCCUCAGUCUGUGGCCAGUGCAGAGGAACCAGUAAGGCAAGAGGGUGAUCUGCUCUGGAGAUUUCUCAACUCAAUUAAUAUGGCUUUUUAUGUUUAUUGUUCAAUAAAUAGGACGUAGAGAACACUUGUGAAGUCAAAAGUAUUUGUAAUAUUUGUAAUAUCAUUUUCUUAGCAUAAAGAAUGUUUAGAAUUUAUUUAAUGCCAUCACAAUGUUUUUCAGACCAAAAUAUUGAGUAAAAUUGAUGUCAUUUCCUGUACAAACGGUAACAAACAAAUAUGGAAAUAGCAGUAUCCCAGUCGUAAAGGGUUCUGAUGUUCCUGUAAUUAUGUGGGGUGCAUUCCUGCCAUGAUUUGGGUGCCGUCAUAGCCCUCUGGAAUCAAGCCUGAAGCAGCAUUUUCCAAUCAAGUAAGCAUAAGUCGAUUAUCUUUUCUAAUGGAAAUGUGGUAUCAUAUUCCUCCUAUUUCAGACUCUGGUAGACACUGUCAUGGUGCACAUAGGCCAUUCUGGCUACACCUGGUGGCACAAUACCCUGUUCAGGGCCUUCAAAUGAGUGUCUCUCAUUUCGUUUCUAUCUGUAUAAUUCUGUAUGCCCGUAUAUGUCUGGGCUACCAUACAUUUGCCUGUUUGGUAGCAAAUAGGACUUGCAACAUUUUGUCCACCUCUUCAACCCAGCCUUGGUAACUACCAGAUUUUCCGGUUAUUUGCGCUAUUGUGUGAUGAGGCAAACUGCUCAAGAUUUUAAUGAAGGUUGCCAACCAGUCAUUGCCUUUGGCAUUUUGAAUGAUAUCAUUUUGAAUAAUGAUUAACAGCGUCAGCCACCGCAGAUGUCAGACGAUAGCGAGCUAAAUUUCCACAGGGCGUCGCUUAUGAGCGUCGUGCGUUUGAUGUACCCGUGGCUAAGUUUGGCACUGUGAAAUGGUAAAGGGCCGAGUUCUUGAAAAAAAAAAAAAAACUUCACACCUUUGAAGGCUAAGGAUGAAACAGAAAUCGUGUCGUGGUGUAGUUAACCCUUGCACAGACGUCAGUCGCAUCACAGUCCAACCCUGUUGGCGCGACAUGGGCAAAACUGAAACAAAGGCCCGUUCACUGUCACAUGGGUUUCCGACCACAAUGGACACAUGCUUCUGACACUCAAUGCCUAUUGCAUUUCAUGCCACCGCAGGUUAUAGCAAGGUGGCAUUACUUCAUAUUGUCUAGUCACUGUCAGGGUAAAUGCAUUGUUGUACUGAAUAGGAAUAUGAAGGAAUAAUAGGAAUAGUAGGUAUGGAAAAUGGGAAUAUAGAGCAUUAACACUAGCUAUAUCAGUCAAGAGGAUUAUCACACUUUUUAUAGCUCACACAGAACAGGAAAUAAGAUGUACUGUAAGUGUUGACAAAAAGAACUACUUUUGCUUCUAAUUUAUAAUGGGGUAUAAAAGAGCAUGUCAAGUAGAUGAGCAGCUUGAGUCAGUGUCUGGAAAUGGUUUUUGGAAUAACAAGAGAGGACAAAGAAGCCGUCAGUGAAAAUAGCAGGGACAAUGACAGGCCUCUCGGAGACAGAAUAUUGUUCUCAGUACUGUUUCUAUUCAUUCCUAUUACUGAAAAAAUCUGAGUUUAUGAAUUUUUCAUUUAUACAGUUUCAACAUUUUAAAAACUGUAGGGGCUAUUCAGUCAUCCCGCCAAUUUUUUAUUUAUUGACUUGGAGUAACAACUAACAAGUUAACUUUUCUUAACCAGCAAGCGCAUUUGGCGCAGAAUAAAUGUGACUUUAUGACACGAAUGUUAGUGCAUAUGCAGGCCACACCAGAUUCCAGGCCUCAGUAUCACUGAAUGUGUUUGGGAUUACUUGGAUUGAAAGAAGCAGAAAAUGCAACCAACUCUGAGGUGUUUACAAGUAGCCUGGAAAAAUAUCCCUGCAGAUCUCUUUGAAGAACACAAAGCAAGUCUCCCAAAAAGACUGGAAGCUCUAAUGAUGGCAAAGGCUGGAUACACUAAAUACUGAAAGAUUUGAUAUUGUACAUCGUUGUGAAGGUUUUUGUGUAAUUUUUAAAGAUACAUAUACAGUGUUAAAUAUACAUUUGCAUUAUUUUCUGAGAUUGAAAAACAAAUAACUCACUUAAUAGCUGUUCACUGCAAAGUAAAUAAAAGAAAGGGUGGUCUCUGUAGAAAUUUUGUGCCAUUCCACGUUUUUCGAGAAGAAUGCAAUGACCAUCUCCACCCUACACCACCUUGUUAUUCCAGGUGUUACUAGAUACAGGUAGCAUACAGAUUGGAAGUUACCAAUAUGUGGAUUCCAAUCUGUAAACUACCUGCAUAUUGUAACACCUGGGAUGACUGGUGUGGAGUGGAGAUACCUGGACUGUGACAGAGCUUUUUGACAGUUUGUGGACUCUGAAUGUUCUUCCCCAACCUUUUCUCUGGCAUAAUUGCAUUUCAGUAUUGUGGACUUGGCCUGGAAUCCUGCCAGUCUUAUAGAUGAUUGGCUUUACUGUCGGUUUAUUGCAGUUCACUAAACUUCCUUAUUCCAGUUCCAUAUUUACUCUAGAAACCACAAAUGUUUUAAUAGCUGGAGGGGAUGGGUUAAGGAACUUUAUUUGCAUCAGACAGAGGGCUUCAUGUUUGAGUGACAUAAGACACCUCUCCAAGGGCUGUUGAGCUGUUAGAGUGGAUCGAUUAGUAAGUCCCAGUGAAGCAACUUGGAGUCUUUGCCGAACCCCUCCCCAGUGCCCAGCAGGUCGCGGUUCCAGGCCCGAAGUGGCCAUGCUGUCCAAGCUUGGUGCUGGUGAGCAGUGAACACGGUCCGGUUCUUGCCAUGGACAGCGUGCUGAGCAGCAGCCAUGACUCGCGGGCCACCCUCCGGGGCCUGGCCUCCAUCAAUCCCGCCUCUUUCUCGGCCCGAGUCGAGUCCUACGAGGCCGGCGAGAAGAAGAGCAUCUCCGAUGUCAGGAGGACCUUCUGCCUCUUCGUCACCUUCGACCUCCUCUUCAUCACCCUGCUCUGGAUCAUAGAGCUCAACGUAAAUGGAGGAAUCCAAGAGCAGCUGAAUAAAGAAGUCCUUCACUAUGAUUACCACGCUUCAUUUUUUGAUAUAUUUAUCCUGGCGGUGUUCCGCUUUGCGGCUCUCAUCCUGGCCUACGCCGUCUGCAAGCUGCGGCAUUGGUGGGCCAUCGCGAUAACAACAGCCGUCACUAGUGCCUUCUUGAUAGCGAAAGUCAUUCUCUCUAAGCUCCUGUCCCAGGGGGCCUUUGGGUACCUUUUGCCCAUCAUCUCCUUCAUCCUGGCCUGGAUCGAGACCUGGUUCCUGGACUUCAAAGUUCUGCCCCAGGAGGCAGAGGAUGAAAACCGGUUGCUGUCGGUGACAGACACUUCAGAGAGGGCCCCCCUCAUGCAUCCAGGGCCCCUGUCAGAUGGGCAGUUCUACUCCCCUCCCGAAUCUGUCGCAGAUUCAGAUGAAGACAUAGAGGAGAAACAUGACCACGAGAAGCCAGUUAUUUAGCAGGAAUACAAACUAGGGACUGGGAGGAGCCUGCCAUCACUGACAGCCCAGUGACUCAAGGUCUGGAAAGCCCAGAGUCCAGCGACAUUGGCUGCCCCACGUUCUGCAGUUGCCCUGGUUACCACUAUCCUCUCCUGUCAUGGAAGGUCACACUGCCUUACAACUGCUUCCGGCCUCUACUGUAUUCUUCAACCUGCAAUUAGUGCACUUACUUCCAACGCAGUCCAAUGUUCUCACCUUUUCUUCCCCAGACCAAGACAAAAAAAGGUGUAUCCCUUUUUAGAAAUGAAUGAAAUCUACGCUCUCGAGACAUAAAAAUGGAAAAAAAAUAAAUUGCGAAACAGUGUUGUGGCACACGUGUAAGCCCUUCCUGAUGUUUACAUUUUUAUAUGGUUAUUAUUUCAAGUUCACAAACAAGCCUUGUGAACACUGUGAUGGACGGAGUCGCCUUAGAGUUCAAGAUGCACGCAAUGCGACGCACUGGAUUUACCACGCAUGCCUCGAACGGACCUGCGUUGUCUUAACUCCUGUAUCCUCCCGGCAAAACGUCCGUUUCAAACACUGGCAUGUUUUAUUUUUACGUUUAUUUAUUAUAAUCAUCGCAACUCGGUGUGCUCUUCGAAGCUGAAAUUGACAAGCUUUGCGUGCAUGUAAACACGUACUGUAAAUAUCACUUAAGUCUCAGUAAAGCUGAGCGAUGCAUGGUCCCUUCUACAAAUCGUUUUCCUCUCGCGUCUCGUCAGAGACCGCGUGAAUCCCUAUCGCAUACUGUAGCUAAUGUUGCGUGUUGUGUGUGGAAUCCGAGACUUAUUCGUUCUAACUGAAAAAGACAGGGAAGCUACAAAUCUGGGAUUGCCUAAGAAUAAUUGUGUAAAGCAUUCUGACUGCCGUCAUUGAAUGGGAGGAUAUGUUCUACUGUUAUCGCUAUAUCUGAAACACAGGCAUCUCACAGGUGUCUUUUAUACCAGUGUUUUUCAUACUCGGUCCUGGGGGACCCCUUUGCAUGCUGAUUUUCAUUCUAACCACGAUUGCAAUUCCAUAAUUCUAACAAGCUGUUCAUUUAUCUUAAUUACACUUUCUAUGUUUUGAGGGAUUAUUUGCCUUCUUAGGAUACAUUAUAGCAGAAACUGCUAGGCAUGCAUGGAUAAUAAAAGUAACAAGGAACUGGGCUUGUAACCCAGAAGUUGCAGGUUCGAUUCUCGGGUAGGACACUGCCAUUGUAUCCUUGAAGAAGGUACGUACCCAGCAUUGUUUCAGUAUUAUAUAUCCAGCUGUCUAAAUGGAUGCAAUGUAAAUGCUAUGUGAAAAUGUUGUGUAAGUCGCUCUGGAUAAGAGGGUCUGCUAAAUGCCUGUAAUGCAAUGUAGUUUGAAACUGAUUACAUAAAGAGAGGUAAAUAAUUUUGAACUGAUCACAUUAAAGACUAGGAUUCAUCAAUUUGCCCCUAAUUGCUUUGAUUACAAGCCAAACUUGUGUUUUGUGAAAACAAUGCACGUUUGACUAGUUAUCAUUUUCUUUGUAUUUGGAUUUUUUCAUAUCAACCAAAUGGCUAGUUUUAUUGGCCAUGUGUCCAUACUUUCUCCAAUUAGGAGCCUAUUGUUUCACCUCAGUCUUCAAUUUGAUUGGUUUAAAAAGUACCUCUCUUUAUGUAGGCCUAAUCAUUUGCAGUAUAGCGCAAUGUGAAUAUUGGACUUCAUUACACACAUGGCAUGCAUAGGUAUUUCUGACACAAUGUAGUUGAAGAGGGUAAAUAAUCCCUCAAAAUAUGAAAAGUUGUAAUUAAGGAAAAUGAUCAGCUUGUUAAAAUUCUGGGAUUGCAGUUGUGGUUGGAACGGAAACCAGCAUACACGGGAGUCCCCUUGGGCUGCGUUUGAAAACCACCUGUCUAUACACCAACAGAUAGUUCAGUACAUGUUUUAUUACAUAUGUUAGUACAGCAUAUUAUUAGUAUGAAGUCAAGAGGCCCGGCAGAAACUCUCAUUAAAAAUGCCUCUCAAAACAUGUUAACCCUCUGAAUCAUAUGCAGAAUUAAAGUGAUCUAGAGGUUACUAUUAAAAUAACCCUUUCUUGUUAACUUGCAUACUGUAAAUUACAUGCUUCUAUAUAUUGUAUAUCAUAUAUAUAUAUAUAUAUAUAUAUUUACAAGGUGCCAAUAAAAUAAUUUGCCUGUUCUUAUUUCAUAUUUGUAAACAAUAGAGAACCAGUUCUUAUACUGAAGUACAAUUUUUUAAGGGAAUCGUGGAAUUUUGCUAAAUUAUGGUAUAUGCCAAAUUAUUGGUAAAUAAUAUUAGUGAAUUGGAUCCCAUGACUUAGUGAUUUUGACCUUAGAUGAUUUUUGAAGCAUAUAGCUGGAAUCAUUUUGGCGAGUUAGUGUUGCCAGUAUUGUGGCACACAGAAUGAACACAUUUAAUGUAAGUUGUCUGUAAGUUUACUGUAGCAUAAUAUAAAGAGAAAUGUGUAAUUAAAGGGGGUUUCAUUCACAGAAGGGCACACAUUAUUUUCAUGAACAGAAGUACAACUGUGUUACACAACAUGUCCAUGUUAUGUCAUCUCUGAAUGAGACUAAACAAUCUUGUUGAACUUACGACAGGGUAAUCGUAACAGUUUGUUUCUGAAAGCUAGGUCUUGUAGACCUAGGAAAUGUAUUUUGUCCCAGACUUUGAAUAGCUUUCAUUUCAGUGAUUUUUAUUGAAAUUAAUCAUUUAAAAUGUAUUUUUAAAAAUAACCUUUGCUCAGCUUUGUUACUCAAAGUUAAGGAUUCAAUGCAUUGGAUUUACAUUGAAUAAAGGCCUCAGUGAGAAAAUGCUUUACGCUUCUAUUGUCCCCGUAUAGAAUGACGAGACUGCACCUUUUAGCAUGAAUGUGCUAAAUAUUUGGAACAUUUAUAACAAUGUUUAACAAUAUUCUUUUCGUUCUUAAAGUUUCUUGCAGCUAUGGCACAUUUUACAUAAUAUUAAACUCUCCCUAAAAUGUGAAUGUGUGAGGAGGUCUUCCUUUCAACAAUCUUUGUUUUCAGUUUCAGUAGAUCACGUUGAUGAACGAUUUCAGCUGCAUUUGGUAAAGCAUUGAAUAAUGAACUCAGAUUACACUGUAAAUCUAAAAUGACUGCCAUUUUUAAAGUGGUUCUCAGUUUUCUAUUUUGUUCCAUUUCUUCUGAACUACAGCUAUGAAAUGAAAUAACAUUCAUUUUGAUAUACUGUACGGUGUGCAUGUAUCCAAACUGCCAUCCUUACAGAAAGUAUGUUUAUUCAAACAGCACAGAAAAAUGUUUGCAUUUGCAUUUUGGGAAACAAAAUGACAAUUAAAGUUGAGGCUCGGCUGAACAUAAUGCUGCCGGCCUUAGUUUUUAACCACAGGCUUGUUAUAUAUGCAUAUUUCAAUAUAUGAUAAAAAAUUUUUUAAAAACCCACAAUGCCAGUAUUACAGCGACUGCAACAGGGACAUCACUUUGCUAUUCACAGUUAAAGAUAAAGAGCGAUUUAGGGUUAGACGGAAGCGUAGCUGUGAGAAACGUCUGUAUUUUCAUACGAUCAUGUGUCCAAACUGUUCAUUGCUUUAAAUGUACCUGAUUGACAAUAGUUGUGUUUGAGAAAACAAAAUGUGGAUAAGACGCUGUGGUAAUAUAGGGACAGAUAUCAGGAAGAGAACAUUGUGUGCAGGAGGUGAGAAAUCAUCCCCCUUUAAUGCAUGAAUGCAUGUUCUGUGUCCAGCUUCUCAGUCCCCGUCCAUUAAUAAAGUAUAUUUAUGUCUA